UGCGAAGUUUGAAUUCUGAAUAAGUAGAAAACACGACAGAGAUUAUUGCAAAAACCAACCUUAAAUGUUUUGUUAACCGUAGAGUUCACGUUGUCAGGUUCCACUGUGACACAAGUGAUAAAAUUGUGAAAUGUGAUAGUUCCUUUCCGUCCACAUUUCUUGCAACUACAGAGACUUGACCAGACGGACACCAGUCGAUUCAUUUCUUCAAAAAUCAAUCUUCUUCUGGUUUUUCUUCGAUUUUAACGACGACCCUUUUCCUGGAUCUUCGUCUUACUUCGGAUUUGGGUGGCUAGAGGAAUUUUCUGGGUGUGCGGUGGAGGCAUGGGGAGGCUAUUUGUGGUGAGUCUCGAGGGGAAGAUCUACAGCUGCAGGCACUGCCGGACCCAUCUUGCUCUUUGUGAGGACAUAGUUUCCAGGUCUUUCCACUGCAGGCACGGGAAGGCGUAUCUCUUCAAGAAGGUAGUGAAUGUAUUUUCCGGAGAGUGUGAAGAUAGAUCGAUGAUUACUGGACUGCACACAGUUGCUGACAUUUUCUGCGUCGGGUGUGGAUCGAUAGUGGGGUGGAAAUAUGAGACUGCCCACGAUGAGACCCAGAAGUACAAGGAAGGAAAAUCCGUACUUGAGCGGGUGAAGGUGUUGGGUCCGGAUGGAAACGAUUAUUGGGUCAGUCACGAAGCACAAGUCGGUAGCAGCGAUGCAGAUGAUGCUUGAUCGAUGACCCGUUCAUACUCAACUGUACAUUCUUCAAAUCUCAUUGUUCUUCUUCAACUCGUGUGAAUUAGAAGCUCGUAAUUCCUGAAUUUAGGCAACUAUCUGAACUUACCUUCAAUAACAGCGUCGUAAAACUUCUGAUUGUGUUCGAAUUUGAUCUUCUUGUAUGUAACCUCUCUUUAAAUGCAAUCUCUAGUUCAAUAAAAUUCUCACCUGCCCUCA